AUGGGACAUGAAAUUGCUGGAUCAAUUAGUGCUGUUGGUGACCAAUUAGCUAAUGAUCCAUAUUAUAAAAAAGGUGCUAGAUUUGCUUUACAAAUUGUUCAAGCUUGUGGAACAUGUGAUUCAUGUCGUCGAGGUUUAGAUAGUGUUUGUGACCUGAGUCAUCAAGCUUAUGGAUUGAAUGAAGAUGGUGGAUUUCAACAAUACUUGUUAGUCAAAAAUUUACGUACUUUAUUACCAAUCCCUGAUGGUGUCAGUUUUGAACAAGCUGCUGUUGCUACUGAUUCUGUUUUGACUCCAUUCCAUGCCAUUCAAAAAGUUAGAAAAUUCUUGAGUCCAACUUCAAAAGUAUUAGUCCAAGGAUGUGGUGGAUUAGGAUUGAAUGCUAUUCAAAUUUUGAAAAAUUAUGGUUGUCACAUUGUUGCUUCUGAUGUUAAAGGUGCGGUUGAGAAAUUGGCCUUGAAAUAUGGUGCUCAUGAAUUCCAUACUGACAUUAACAAGUCUGAUCAUGAGCCAUUGUCAUUUGAUGUGAUUUUCGACUUUGUCGGUAUUCAACCAACAUUCAAUAAUUCCGACAAAUACAUUAAAAUUAGAGGUAGAAUAGUAAUGGUUGGAUUAGGAAGCAUGGAAUUAAAGAUUCCAAAUUAUGCAUUUGCUAUUCGUGAAGUUGAAGUUAUUUUCAAUUUUGGUGGUUAUUCAGUUGAACAAGUGGAAUGUAUGGAAUGGGUUGCCAAAGGAUUGAUUAAGCCUGAUAUUCACGUUGCUGAUUUCAAAUCCUUGCCGCAAUAUCUCGAUGAUUUGACAAACGGUAAAUUAACCGGUAGAAUUGUAUUUAAACCUAAUGAACUGUAA